CGAGCGAGUGCGGAUCGGUGCGGAUGAGAAUUUUCCACCCCAAAAUCCCAACUAGCGACGAAAGCGAACGAACGGUGUAGAGGCCUGAAAGACAUCGAAAGACUUGCGCGCUGGCGGUAACGACGAACCGCUGCUUCUACCUUUUUGGCGCUAGUCUGCGGCGCUACCACUGCUAGCCUAGUUUUACGGUCCCGGUCCAAGCGGCUGUUGUGCAAUACGCUGCUGACCAGCGAAACGCGAACCCCACGCGUCGUCUUGUUUGUGGAUGUGCAGUGAAACAAAACCGUGUAUGGGUGUGAAUAAAUUACCGAGCCUGUGUAGUGUCCGAGCGGUUGGACGCGGCUAGCGCACGGUGAAUGUGCACGGCGGCACGGUGUGUGAAGGACGUCAAUGAAAAGUGAAAAUCCGCAUCCCUUACGAACGGGUCCGGACUGCUAGGCGAUUGAUUUAUUUGCCAUCACUCAUUGGCGGAGGGAGAGAUAGCGAAACGAGAGAAAUGCAAACGCUGCAGAAUAGAACCAGAGAUUUAGAAGCGUUCGGGAACGGAGCGUACUAAUUCUAACGAUCUGCCGUUUAGUGUGUCGUUUUGGUUGUAAUUGGGAUUGAAGUUGAAAGAAGUGCGAACAAAAAAACCCAUAAACCAACACAGUUUUCUUCAAACAAAAAGAGGUUCCACUUGUCAGGCAGAGCGACACGUGCGGGGUGCAAAACGGUGAAAAGUGUUCUAGCGGUGCAGCCGAACGCAACAGAACCUUCUAAAGACCGCUUCACCGACCAAGACUAAGCUUUCGUCACGCUCCGCUCUUCGUACGCUAGGUGCGAUGCCGUUGUGCGUUGAUGACGGCUCCCUACCCACGGUGACGAUGCUGAUGGUGACGAUUUAAAAGACAAUAAUUUUCUCCCGCGCGGAAGGCUUUACCGCAAAGAGGCGCACACAUUUCCACACCGGGAGUGAGCACAAUUUGUAGAACGGUUUGUGUGCGUGUAUGUGUAUGUUUAUGUGUGGCGACAGCAUUCCUUCCCCCCGGAAGAGUGGAUCGAUUCUAGGUGAAGAAAGCAAGAAGGGUGUGUGCCGUUGAAGGGAAGCUGUGGAAGUAGAAAAGAUUGCAGUUCUUGGGUGUUUGAUUUACGGUUUGGCUCAACGGUUUGUGGAAAACAUCGAAUCGAAGCGAACAAAAUGACUCAAUCCAGCAGGUUACAUCAUCUGGGCCGGUGUGCUUUCAUCAUCGUGGCGGCACAGACACUCUGCAUCCUGCAGCUAGCGGGCGGCGUUACCGGCAUCACCACCAUCUCGCCGGUUAGCUUUCAGCAGCCCAUCAACAGCACCAACCAGGCCGGUUUACCCUCAACCGCACCGACAGGAGCGCUGACCACCGGUACCAACCCGGUCCGGGACGCCACAGUCACCAUCAACCCAUCCUCCACCGCUGCACCGAAAGUGCAGCGCAAGCGGGGCAGCAUUAGCGGUGGCAAGAAAAAUGUCGUCGUGCAGCAGCCGACACCGCUGGACAAUGCGAACAAUUCGCGUGAGGCACUCUCCCACGAGGGCAGCGAACCGGUCGUCUACGUGUCGGAUACGUCCGGUUACAUACCUCUGACUGCGCUGCAAUCCUCUCAUCCCCGGUUGCCUCCACCGCCGGUGUACGGGGGUGAUAUCGAUGCUGCCUGGCGUCCGGAUCCCUGGGACAGGGACUACAAUCGGCGCUAUCGCUUCAACAACACCCGUGUCCAGCAUAUCGAAGCAGAGUGUCAGGACGAUUAUAUGAAGAUUCGUAUUGGCUUCAAUGGAUCAUUCAAUGGACUUCUUUACUCAUCCGGCUAUGCAUACGAUCCCGACUGCAUGUACAUCAACGGUUCCGGGCGCGACUACUACGAGUUCUUCAUCCAGCUGAACCGUUGCGGAACGCUGGGAAAGAAUGCGAUCGGCGAGGAUAGUCGCAAGAACCCAACGAAAAACUUUAUGUGGAACACGGUGACGGUGCAGUACAAUCCACUGAUCGAGGAAGAGUUUGACGAGCACUUUAAGGUGACUUGCGAGUAUGGUUACGAUUUCUGGAAAACGGUCACCUUUCCCUUUCUCGACGUCGAAGUUGCAACGGGAAACCCGGUAGUGUUCACGCUCAGCCCGCCCGAGUGCUACAUGGAGAUCCGGAACGGUUACGGUACGAACGGUGCACGGGUAACGGGGCCGGUACGUGUCGGCGAUCCGCUCACGCUCAUCAUCUACAUGCGCAGCAAGUACGAUGGGUUCGACAUCGUGGUAAAUGACUGCUUUGCGCACAACGGGGCCAACAAAAGGAUACAGCUGAUCGAUGAGUAUGGCUGUCCGGUGGACGAUAAGCUCAUCUCCCGCUUCCGGGGCAGCUGGUCCGAUACGGGCGUAUUUGAGACGCAGGUGUACGCGUACAUGAAAACGUUCCGCUUCACCGGUUCGCCCGCCCUGUACAUCGAGUGUGACGUGCGCAUGUGUCACGGCCGGUGUCCGAGUCAACCUUGCCACUGGAGAAAUCUAAAGGGCGUCACGAAGCGUGAGGCCGUUCAACCGCAGGUCAACACCACACUCUCGGACAAUAUUAGCCUAUUCCAGGCGCUUCGCGUACUGCAGGAGGAAGAUGAGGAAGCCCGGGCGAAGAAGGAAUCAAUCACCUCUGCCAAACCUCAAGAUAUGUCGGAAACGUGCAUGAAGACGUCCGUACUGUCCGCCCUGCUUGCCACCUGCUGCGUGCUGCUGUGCGUGCUCGGUGGCUCACUGCUGGCGGCGUGCGCCAAGCUGCGACACCGCAAGAAAGAUGCCGCCUUCUUCGACAACUACGUCGGCCAUAAGGCACAGCUGGAUUGAGCUGACGCGUGCUGGGUGAUCAAUCGUUCAAAUGCAUCCAAUCAUCAUCAUAAUCAUAACACAAGCGCUACAACUUAGUCGUAAUUGUUCAGUUGAUAAGGCAAUGGUAGUCGCACUAUGCCGACUGUUACUUGAGUAAGAUUGAUAGUCUGAUAGGGAAGCGAAACAAACGGGACAAACUCUCCCACAGUUAGGUGUCGCUUGUGGCUUGGGUUCCGUCCUGCCGGGAGGCAAUCUGUUCGCUUCCACUAAUCCUCAUAUUUCAUCGUGUGUAAAUAAGCAGUAAUGCUAUCAUUUUCUUUUUGUCUCACACCUUCGUGGGAUACAUUUCAUCGCUUCACGCAUCUCCGUUUCCCCCGUAAAUCGUACAAUGUUUAACAUUAACAUGCCGCAUAAGAGACAUUCUUAGCCGCUUAGCCGAUAAGACGUUUGACUGCCGCCUCCCCCUUAACAAACUGCAAGCCUGUAUUGAGUAUCGUGUUUACGCGGAUUAAGCAAACGAAGUUUUUUUUUUGUAAAUAAAAUAAUAAGCAUUCGUCGAGUAAAGCAUCUCUAACGCUAAUAA